GUAGUUUCUAUGCAAGCGUGUACACUCCAAUGAGGUGCGUGUGCAGCGGCAGCGACAGAUGGCGGGCUCCUCUUCCCUCGGGAAGGCAAUCUCUACGAAUGCGAGCGCGUGUCAAUCACCCGCUCUCAUGUGAUGGCUCCUGCCAGUGACGUGCCCACCAUAUGGCCUGGCAUCAGAGCAGUGCCGCUGCCAUGUUGACUAGAUUAUUCAACGAACCUUCACUGCUUCCGGACAUGCAGAAAUUCGGGGGCUGGGUGGAUGACAGCGGGAGCGAGGACUCCAAGAUGAAGGACGAGGAGCAGGAGCGCUGUCGCCUAGGCGACGAGGACUUGGAAGAGGGCGAUGUGAAAGACGGGAGCAGCCGUGCUCAGUCAGAAAUUGCAGGGGAGGAGGACGAUGAUGAGGAUGUUGAUGAAGAUGAUUGUGUAGAUGACGGGGACGGAGACAGGCCCAAAAAACGUGGGCCAAAAAAACGCAAAAUGACACCGGCUAGGUUAGAGCGCUCGAAAGUACGGCGCCAAAAAGCAAACGCCAGAGAGCGCACACGCAUGCACGAUCUAAAUUCAGCACUGGACAAUCUACGCAAGGUCGUACCAUGCUAUUCAAAAACUCAGAAACUCUCCAAAAUUGAAACACUAAGGUUAGCGAAGAACUACAUUUGGGCGCUGUCAGAAAUCCUGCGGAAUGGGAAGAGACCGGACGUGGUUUCGUAUGAUAAAACAUUAUGUGUCGAUAUAAAAGGCCUCUCCCAACCCACGACCAAUCUGGUGGCUGGGUGCCUCCAACUUAACUCAAGGAAUUUUCUAACUGAACAAUGUCAAGAGGGAGCGCGCUUUCACUUACCUAACCCCUCGUUCUCCAUGCACGCAUUUCCAUACCAGUGCUCCCGUCUAUCAAGCACACACUGUCAGUCCGGGUCCAAUGCACAUAGCCUCCGAAAUCACUCUUUCUGUUCGUCCUAUGAGGCUCUGUACACCGAAGGCACGUCCCCAGAAUACAACAGUCCAGAUUACGAGAGUCACCACAGCCCUCCGAUGUGUGUAAAUGGUAACUUUGCUUUAAGACAACCGGAGUCACUGUCACCAGACGCGGAAAGAGGUUAUCAAUAUUCUAUGCAUUACACCAAUCUGCAUGGCUCACGGUCCUCCGCUGCUCAUGGUCUUGCUUACGGCCCAUCAGGAACUCGCAGCGGUAGCGCUCACUCAGAGAACCUUCCACCGUUUCAUGAUGUACACGUGCACCACGAUCGGGCGCCUCCAUACGAUGAACUCAACGCCCUUUUCCACAAUUAGGUGAUUUUUCCUAAUUGUUAAUGAAAAAAAACAGAUGUGGAAAAGGAAAAGACAUUUCCACAUU